AUGCUUGAGACAGGAACCCGAUCGGGCACAUCCGCGCAUGAGCAGCGCACUGCCUGCGGGAGCGGCAUGUUUCUCUCUUCUGAAACUGAUGACGCAUCCGGCGAGACGCAGCAAACUGUGAAAAUCGACGAGUCUAUGAACUGCUGGAACAUCUGCGCGUUCGUCGAAGACCUGGUGUACGACACGUGCGCCAAGGACGCCUCCCCUGUAAACUGCAUGUCCUCUGCGCUAAAAACGAACUCUUUGAUCCCCGAUGCCUACAAGGCCUCAUGCUCCUAUUCGUCGCCGGAGACAACGUCUCCUCGGUUUUGGGAUGCAGAGCCUGACAGUCAGUUCUGUCUUGAUAAGGGCAUGUAUGCGUGGCUGAGCAGUACAUCCUGGGACGAGUUCGUUUCUAAAAAGCCGAAGGAGUGCCUUUAUCCGAAGCAAGAUCCUACCACACAAGAGCCCCCGCCGACGGCGUACGUGAACGACGCGAUGUCGGGUUUUGGCGAAGCGCUCGGUUCGCUAACCCCCGUGGAGUUUUACGUGGUGGUGCGGGGCGCAGAAGAGGCGAUGAAGAACCCCGUCGAGUAUGGAGCGUAUUUGGCGUCUUCGAUUGUGCCCAAAGAUUACUGGGAACAGGCCGCUGCAGACGCUAAAGAAGGUUGGCUCGUCGCACGCGCUUUUGCGGUGCCCGACAACCUCUCCGACUUUGCGAUGCUGACGACGGCGGAAGACGGGACCUCGACGAGCGCACACAUCUGUCUCUACGCUGUGGUCGAAACGUCAAACUACAGCGAUGGCACAAGGAAGACAUUUACAAACUACGGAAUGAUUGCACAGAGCAACACGUGCGAGGGUCAAAUCGGUGUCCUCCCGGUUGCCGACAUCCGGGGCAGUGGGAUCUUUGACAGUUCCGCUCAGGAGAUAAGCCGGAAAACGGGUUUUAAUUUGUGUGUGGCCAGGCGAUGGGUCACGAGUCAAUCGGAAGAUAACGGAGUCCAGGUAACGUCGCAGAGGCCCAUGUUUCACGUGGGACUGGACGCGCCUUGCGCCAGCUUCGUCGCCGCAUACUCCUAUACCGACCAGGUGCCUGCGCAUGGGGGACAGUGGGAGCAGUACUUCGUUGCAAAGACUUACCCUUUAACUCGGGGGAUCUACGGCCUUCCGGAUUCAGCCAGGUGCCCGUGGGCCUCUGCGGUGCAGUAUGGGCUGAAGUGUUACGCCAGCGUCGAGGAAGAUCUGUUCAUGUACAUUGGAAGUUUCGCGGAGGCGCAGCUGACGUGCCGCCGGCUCGUUUCAGAUCUUCGUGUCCCCUCCGACUUCUCCAGAGUUGCCGUCAUGCAGAGCGACGACGACGCGAAAAUCAUGAAUUUCCUCUCUGAGCCGGACACGUUCUCGUGGGUAGGCCUGUUCCAGGGCACCCAGGCGCUUUUGCCGGUGAAAUCCGCUUCCCUGGACUCGAGCCGACUUCCUGAGCAAAGUUGCCCCGCGGCUGUUUUGGAAGAGGAGCAGUCUGCACACCGCCACUCAGACAUCGAGCAAAAGUGUUUGAAGGCUGGGGCGGAUAUUAGCAGCCCUCCGUGGACGACGACAUGGGUCGGGCUCGACGGCUCCGCAAAGAUUGCACCGUACGUCCGAAGCUCGUGGCAUGCAGGGCGCGAAGCGGGGCAAGACGGAAUCGAGGGCCUGAUGGGGGGCGGGCGGGGACGAGGCACCCUUGGAAGUCUUUGUCAGCGUUUGUCGCCAGACACAGCUGGUGUGGAUUUUGUUCGCAGGUGGGACAUCAAGUGGUGCUCGGGCCAUCCACAGACAGAGAAGGACAACCGCUACGUGGACUGCGCCGGACUACGCGUUUUUGACGACAUGCAAGCGUGUAUUGAAUCUGCGCCUUGUGACGAAGCCAACCCCGUUUUUUGUACUUACCCCGUAGACUACGGGCCCUAUUUGGUCGCGACGAGCGCGAAUGCAGAGGGUUCGGGGGGGACUCUGCGCCUCCCACCUUCCGUCCGCUGCCGUCUCGGAGAGGCGUGUGUCCUUCAGUUUAGUCUGACACAGCCGGGAACGAGCAGUGAGACGACGCUCCCGGGGUCCAGCGGCACGAUUUGGGGCUUGCCGCCCGAGGGUGGCUUCGUCGCGAUCAAGGCCAGCUGCGCGGCUGUCGAUGGCGCCAUGCUGGGCCCUGUGGCGAUCAGUUCCGAGGUGGAUCUGGCGUCUCUCGCCGGAUUUUCGAGUGCAAGUGUCGGCCUCUACGAACUCUGCUACUGCAAUGCCAAUGCCCCCGUCGUCACCCAGGCGGCAAACGGGGUCGCGGUGAACACGCGGUGCUCACACGAGAGCGAGUUCAACCAGAUGGUUGCCUCCCUUGCUCUCGCAAUCAACUCCGAAUCUGUAGGGUUCCGACAGGCCGUGGAGCUUCCAGCUCGGGCCGUGUCGGUGUCAACCCGAGCCGUGUUGUCCCUCGUGGGCCGCGAAGCGUGGGGCGGCGUCCCGACCCUCUUUUGCGGGUGGGAGGGUGCAACAAAGUCCUGCCCGUUUGAAGUUCACGUGACCAGCAAUGGGAGCUGGAAGAGCCGUCCGUUUACCACCAAGCUGAGGUUUGUCCCCGCGGCCAACGACGAUCCGAGCACGUCUUGGUGCAGCGCGGACGCGUCAGAGAUCAGCGUCUCUGUCACCGUUGAGGCGGGCGAUUCUGCGAAAGCCGUCUUCCCUGGCGAAUCCGCCACUGCGCUGUUCUACGCCGUCUGCGAAGGCAAAAAAUUCAUAGGCUACGUGGUCCUCAAAGAGGUUAUAAAGGCCGUUUCAGCCGCUGUUGCACUCGACAGUGUUCAGCUGUCCGUCCAGUCGACCGUCACCGAUGACGACGUGACUCUAGUUCUCCGAGGCGAAUUCACCAACAACCUUCUGCUCAGAAGCAAGGUCGUUGCAGUUUCUGUCGACAGCCUCACAGACACGGAUUGUAGCUCCGGGUCUUUGGCGAAUCUGCCGGAGUCGUCUGUCACCAUCGUGCCGUUCCCGGCAUUGUCGGCAGCGACAGACUACCUUAUUGAGCUCCAUUUUAAGGCAGGGCCGUCCGCGAAAAAGCUCUGUUGGAUCGAAUCAGUUGCCUUGGGAGACAGCCGGCCUUCGCACAACUUCUCGACGUAUCUUACAACCUUCCCGAGGGCGUCAGAUGUGCAAACGCUGAGCCUUGAAGACUCCCGGUGUUUCGUCGCACCUGGUGACCAGCCUUGCAGCUUCCGUGUGACGGCAGAACCCCUUCCAUCAGAGGAGAACCCGAUAAACGCGUCUCCUUAUCUGCCCUCGACCUUCCGUGUCUACGUCAUGGAAGAGGCGUGCCCGUCAAAUUCUCAAGACCCCGUCUUUGACGAGAUUGACAACGCCUCUUACGACGAGUCCGCGGGGGCAAAUAUGAAGGGCUUUCCGCUGGAGCUCCAAGGUGAAUCCGACGCUUCUUUGCGAGCGCUCCUGCAGCAACGUUUCUUCCCGUGGCUCCAGGCGCGCGGAUCUGCGCAUUUCUGUUGGGUGUACACACGCGGAGACGCCGCGGCGGCAUGCCCCAAUGACAGCCCACCCUGUGGUGGUUCGCUGGGGAAGAUCUACGCGGUCGGCGCCGUAGCGGACGAUGCGUCAAACGUGUUGGUGUGCUUACCAGACGACCCGGAGCCCUGUCUCGCCACAGUGAACGGUGUGAAUCUGAAUCUCUACGAGACGGCAUCGAACCGCAUGGCGGCACUCGAACGCUGCGGCUCGGACACCGGCAUAGGCCUUCUGACGCCUUGGGGGCCCUAUAGUCCUCUCGUCAGCUCGUCUUUGUCUGCCGUUGAGAUCCGGGUCCUGCAGGCUCAGUCAGGCUCGCGUCUCGCUUCCCAGGCUCGUCCAGCGUCUUCUGGCCUUCACGAUCAGCCGUCGAUGGGCCGCGGGUCGGACCUCAAGGCGGCAGCGCAGGCGCACGCGUUUCAAGGUUCAGAUGGGAGAGGUGAACUCCAAAGGUCAAUCUGGAGUUUUGUUGCCGACGGCGACGUGACUGACCCCAGUGCAGGCGUCCCCGCGGCGAACUCAACGCGUCUUGUUUUUCAGGUGCCGUUCUCGUCCGAAGGCGCUGGCUUUGACCUGUGUUUCCGCUCGGGGGAAAGUGACUCUGAAGACUUGACAAGAUUCACCGAGACCGUUGGCCACGUCCUCUUUGCGUGGCGACUGUACAGCGCGACGCUCGAUGCAGAAAUCACGAGCAAUCCGAUGGCGCUGUGGUAUCGAGUCGACGCCUUGUCGGGGAUCGACCUCGCACACACCUACGCGUCCGUUGUUGUCUAUCUCAAGCCUGUGGACGGGUACCCCGCGGACACCGCGGUGCCGUGCGACUACGAGCAGGACACGAGUGGAGAUGCAGCGCUGCAGAUUCAAGGACCGGUUCAGCCCUUUGAAGCAACUGGGGAGAGUGUGCCCGGCGAACCGUCGCUCGAAGGCACUUUAGGGUCCUUCAAGCUUCAAGUGACCCACACAAAGACGAUGGCGGUGUGCUGGUCUCAGCUGUUGCAGAAAGCGUCCCAGCCGAACGGCUCGACUUCCAAAAACCCGAUCUCUGCGCAAAGUGCCACGCUCCUUGGCUACGUCGCGGGUCCGUCGCUGCCUGACACGGGCGACGCUCCGGCGGUUGCGGUAUCGUGCGCUCUGGCGACGAGCCAGUGCCGGGUGACGGUUGUUCCCGUCCCCGCCACCGUCCCGUAUACGGGAGGCCUAGCCCCUGCCGUGCCCGCUUUCUUGGACGUCGCUGUGACGGUUUUGCUGGAUACGGAGCUCAACCAAGCGCCGUGCCCGGAACCGACCGACCCUGCCUACAACGAGGCGAGACGAGCCACUUCGAAGACGCGUCGUGUGCUUCCAGGCGACGUGUUGACGCCCGAGCGGCAGACGUUUUUGAUUGACUCCGCAGCUGGAGAACUCCUAAAGUCGACAGGCAAGGCGGGCAUCUGCUACCGCAUAGACAGAUGCGCAGCUGAGAGCGACGCCUCGACUUCGAAAUGCACUCAGUUUCUGGGCUUGGCUUUGUGGGUCGGGCCGACUGUCGAGACUCCAGAGAGGGUUACCGUCUGCAAGACGGAGGAUCGACAGUGCGUCUUUGACAUUGACGGUUUAAACAUGGAUGCAGUCGACUAUUCAACUGCAAGGGCUGCGUACUCCACAGCAUGUGGAGGACCCGGCGAGUACGUUUACGCGAAGGUGAAGAACUCCGGCGCGACGUCGACACGGGAUACGAACUCGGACGCGGUACCGGACGAGGUCCCCCAGCAGGGAACUGCUUUGUCGGCAAAAACUUUCGCCGUUGACAUCCAGCCCGCAUCGCUGUGGAAACUCUGUUGGAAUCCCUUCGAAGCAUCUGGGCUGGAGGUAGAGGAGCUGGACGAGGAUCGCUUCGUCGUAAGUCGAGGUUUCCUUGUUUUUCCGGCUCGGCCUACGGUGGCGAGUCGACGCGUAGAACAGGACAGUCAGGGCCAGGCAGCGCUCGACCUCGUGGUGAGCGCGAUGGUAACCGAAGCUGCUCUGGAACAGAUAUCCGGCCCCGACGCUCCUGUGACACAACACAGCAUCUACGUCAGCCCUCUGGAAUCCGUCUCUGAUGGGGCGUCUGAGGAUGUUGCUUGCGCAGACUCCGACCAGGAGACGGAAAUUCAUUGGUCCUCUGUGGAGCCAAGUACGCCGACGACAUCUGGUGCACAAGCUUCGGAUAUCCAUUAUUCGAUCUUAAGAGUUUCCAUCGAACGCAAGGUUUGCUGGAAAUCGAUCUUUCGGGAUGCAACCGGAAAAGUAAUUUACGAGGAGAGGAUAUACCUGACAACGGUUCCUGCCGUCCUGGCCCCAGAACUGGAUAACACCGUGGCUACCCAGCCCGAGGCGGACCUGGUGCUUUGCUCGCUUGGAGACGAAGAAAUGUGUUUGGUGACUCUAAAGCCGAAGGCUUCGACAGACCCUACCGACACUGCGACGUUUGCCCCCGGGGGAGAGCUGUAUGUGGUAAACGGAUUUGACUGUCCGUCGGUUCGGUCAGAUCCGAGAUUCCAGAACGCAGCCGCAGACGUUCCCACGACAGCGGCGGAGGCUGUUCUUCUCCAUGUGGUGACGUCGGAAGCCAGCAAGAAGACUUUGAGUUUUCCCCUAGACGACCGAACGUGGAUGAGUUCUCGGCAGGCAGCGGUGCUCUGUUACAUUUUCGACUCAAGCCAAUGCACGAUGCCGGACGGAUGCGUGGAGAAGAUAGGCGCCAUGUUCUGGCGAGGGCCGCGCAUUUCGGAGGACACUCAGCUGCGUAUUUUUUGCAAUGAUUCUCAAGGCUGCGACAUCAACGUAACAGGCCUCAAUCUCAAUACGUUCGACCUGUCGUAUAGCAGAGUCGCUGCGCUCGACGCGUGCGGGAAACCGGGGGGCCUUGGCCGUCUUGAAAUUGUAACGUACCCCGACGGCUACGUCCAGGCGAGCCCUGUGGAGCCGUUGGAGGACUACUUCAGCGCCGACGAUCGACUCGAACAGGGCGCUUUUGCCGUCAACAGAAUGGGGCGUGGCCUUCUGACGUGUGGAGCGUCUGAAACGGUUUCCGUAAAGACGGCUUCCUGGGGGCUCGCGAACAGGCAGCCAACGGCAGUGACGUGCGCACCCCUGGACGUCGCGGCUCAAGUGGCUGCUCACUGUAAAGGGAAACACAUUUGUGUCAUGUACCCCCACAGUCCCGAAGAUGACGCGGCUGUCGAGUCGUACACUGGCCUCAACCGAGACGAGUUUCUUCGCUUAGAUGACCCAUGUCCUGAGAGCGGGAGAGAUACGCUGACGCUUGUCGGAACACAUGAGUGUGUUCCCGGAGAUUCUAGAGCCGAGUCGGCAGCGCUCGUGGAGAUGAGUUCGAGGGCACUUGAAGGCGCAGACUCUGUGCAUCCUUCGACGAAGCCGAUGCAGAUGAGCCUGAAAUUGCCGCCUGAUGUUGCAAAACUUUACGAGUUGUGUUGGAAUCCUGACCAAGUCAUUACACUGCAACCGACGAGAUACAGUGUGAAGCUUGGAGUGGCUCAAAUCGUUCCCACAGCCGGCAUGGUGGACCUAAUCUCGACAGUUUUCAAGCGGAUAGACGACGCGAACGUGGAGGUAGGUGUCAAGGGUAUCCUGUCCGAGGAGGCCGCAGUACAGACGUCCAUUUAUUUGAAGGACAUUCCAAAGAACGGAGCGAUUAGCUGCUCGAACGACGAUCCGGACGAAGCGAUCGCGAAAUCGACGUAUAUGAGCUAUGAAUCUGGAGACUCAGGCACGGCGGUCAUCCUGUAUCGAAUCGCAGCCGUCAACACUGAGAAGGCAGUUUGCUGGAGGUGGGCGAGUGACGAAUUUGCCUCUGACGGCGGAGGCCUGCAGAGCAUCUUUGUCGGGACGUUACCGGGCGCGGUUAACCCUCGCCCUCGGGACUGGGGGGAGAUGAUGUGUGGUUUGCCGGGUGGAGCUGAAUGCUCGAUUGAAUUCGAACCCGAUAAGCUGCUCAACACGUACCCAGCGGAGCCGCAGGUGGAUGACCCAGGUGCCGUCACCGGCUUCACGGACUACUCAAGGUUCACCAAUCUGCAUGGCCACCUGCAGAGCGCGGCACUCGUGGGGCUCAUCGCGGGGCGUGAGACGUGUCCAGACGAUCGGCAGGACCUUGCAUACCAGCGGUUCAGCCAAACGGCGAAUGUGGGAGAAGACUUGCCGGACAGCGCCAUCCAAGAGACGACCCUUGGCUUACCCAUCUCGGGUGGAGGCCCCGCGGCACUUGCUUCCACGCUGUCCACGGGUCACCUGCACUGGCUCGCGGUCCACAGAGACGCUGUCGUUUGUUGGGUGAACGAAAGGGACUGCACGACCGACCAGGCGCCCCGUAUCGUUAAGUGCACCGCGACGGUUGGAACGCUAAGCUGGAAAGGGCCGGUCCCAACUGCGUGGUCGGCGAGUCUACUUCAACUUAUGUGCAGAACUGGAGCCCCGUGCCGGCUCAAGAUUCCCGGACACAAUUUGUUCAAGCUGGACCUUUCCCAGUCGCCUGUGGCAGUCGUCAGGACGUGCGGAGGGGACGACGGACCUGGCAUUGCUCAAAUCGAGCAGACGCCGACGCUGUAUCCAGGCGGGGAGGCCGCGCAGAGCGAGGAAAGUGGUGCACUGCUUCAAACAAGUAUGUCCCUGUCCAGCAAACGACGUCGAACGGUGAGGCAGUUUGGACGCUCUGGCAAGCGCGGGGGUCGGAAGCACGCGGACAAAUGCGACGCGCGAUCAUCAACGGGGAAAACGACCGUGGGGUUGGUCGCCAGGGACCGAGGACACUUCAGCGCGCUCGAAGCCCUGACUGGGAGUUGGAGAACCCCGUCGAGUUCCGUAGAUGAUACGCUCGAGGUGUUGACGACUAUAAAAAGUGGAGGCGCCUAUGCGAUUUGCUGGAAUCCUUCCGCCUCUAGCACGAGCCUGGCGGACUUCACCAUCAAAGUCGGCGAGGUGUUCAGUUACGGAGUGGAGGCCAUCAAUGCGUUGUGCUACAGCGGCAGCUACUGCGAAGUGAACUUCACGUACAUUGGGAACUCGAAUCCGACGCUGUUUAUCGGGGUGAAGGCUGUCGACUGCUCCGAUCCCGACCUUACGACCGAGCUGGGGAGCGGGGGCGUUUUUCGGAACACGAAACGGAACACGAUCAUCCUCAGCGAGCCUAUUCCCAGCCGACCGGAGUCGAGUCGCGUCUCGUACAAGCUGUGUUGGUGCGAUGCGACGGACGUGAAGGACUGCGUGGGCACCGCCUACACGGUUCCUGUCGGAACACUCAGUGUGCAGUUCGUCGAGGAGAAGGCCGUGGCGUGCCAGGAAUCCUUCGGGCCGUGCCGAAUCUCGUUUGACGCGUCAGAUUUCGACGGAGACGCUUCGGGAGGUAUGUUUCUGACAGAAUAUUCGGGCACAGAUGCCGACUGCACACAGUCCAGAAGAUACAUUCCAGACGUGGUUGAGGAAGCUGGCAAGCUUGUUGUUCAAGUCAACCAAGAGAACCUUGCCACAGCUCUCGGGCACGCAGCAGAUAAUGGCGCGUUCGCCAUUUGUCGCCAGAUAAAAGGGGCUGUCCCAGAAGACACCGAGGGACCUCCCGCGUCUGACCAUGAUGGCGGAAACUCCGCGACACCGGGUUCUGAACAAAACGCAGGGGGGAACAACGAGGAACAGGGUUCUCAUCAAAGCGGCGGGGGAGCCCCCGAACAAGAGUCUCCACCAGCUGCCGGGGAAGACAGAGCGGAUUCGGAUGCUGGACAUGGUACUGGGGAAGACACCACGGGAAACGGUGCACCAGGUGUCGGAGAUGCUGCCGACAAAGGUUCUGAGAACGGAGUUGGAGGAGACGCCGCGGGCCCUGGUGCUGAACCGAGUGGACAGGCGGACCCGACUGCCUCGCAGUCGACAAACCUUGAGGCAAAAGCCCCGACAUCUGCCUUGGUCCAACUGGACGGCAGCGCGGACUCGGGGGGUUCUCAGCAGGUGACGCUGAGUCCUGCCCGUCUGGGUGUCUUGCAGUUUGCGGGGCCUCUCGGAGCGGAGCGUCAGGACGCGACUCAAGCGGCGGUGCUCGGGAAGCCAACGCGAAUCACGGUGACUACCCAAGGGUUUAGUCGUUUUAUUGGCACGGAUGUCACGGUGAGCCGUCCAGAUAUGCCCGCCAGCCUGGCGAACGUGCGACUCGUUCCGACCGGGGGCUGUGGUCGUGACAACGGCUCCAACACGGUUCCCCUUACGCUCUCAGACGUCACUAACGGGGCCAGGGAUAUCACAGAGAAUGCCGUCUACGAACAAGGCAGCAUUCUGCAUGUCAACGUCGGUUCGCUGCGACAACUCGAUGUGUGCUGGUGCAACCUCGAGACAGCCUGCAACGACGACGCAGACUUCUCAGUGCCAGUGGUCACGGUUGCGCUCGUGGCGCCUCAGCAGGACCUGGCUGUGGAAUGCGCGUGCGGGUCCAGGUGUCCGUUCGAGUUUGAGGGGGUUGCCGCGGACCCAAAACACGAUCUGGAACCGGACUACUUCGUCAGGGAAGACGAGUGCUCCGUGAGACCUGCUGGGCUGCCCGACACGGGGCAUCUCAUCACCGUCGACAUGGCUUCCGCUCGAGCAAAGGGUGUAGGGGGCGGUAGCGAGACGGACUCGGACCAGUCAAGUGCGGGCACACCCGCGACAUCGAACACGCAGAUCAAGGCAUUUAAGGAAGUCGUGAGUCGCAGCCCUCUGUUUCCCUCUGAAUUAGAGCUAAAAUCAAAAGCAUUUUCCAUUUGCUACUGCGCGUCGAAAAGCGGAGGUUGUGCAACGGACGCACUAAUCAAGAUUGGGACGUUGACCAUCUACGAUGUGUGGAUGGGGCCGAUGACUGCGAUCCUGGCAGACGACGUCACCAUUACCCCUCCGAAGCCACCGUUCCACGGGGUACAGGGAACCGUGUAUGCCGACGCAGGGGAGCUCAGGCUCCCCGUUAAAGCUGAUUCAGACAUGGCGUAUGCAGUGGAUCUGUCCCCGCUAGGCAAUGAAGAGAGCCCUGCGUCGGUUGUAGCUGUCCACUAUUGUGAAUCGGAGGUUACGCAGGGCUGCGAGGCCGCUGGCGCCCCUCGCAUAGACUUGACACAGAUCGUCCUCAGAGGUCCUGCCUCACCUUCAGUUGAAGUCGAGUGCGUGCUGGGUCAGAAAUGCGCCGUCUUCACAAAGGUUUUUAACCCUGCUGAAGAAGAUAGACUGGCGGCUCUUGAGUCAUGCGGGAGUUCCACCGGAAGGAACUACGGCAUCAGCAACGGGGUGACCCCAGGGGCCAAAGACCUGGCGAAGGCUGUGGACGUAACAUUUGGAUGGGAAGAGACUUUGCCGGAUAUCGGCCGAGCAGAUCUCGACCUUUGCUGGUGCAAGAAGACCGACGAGGUUGACUGCUCGACAGUCUCUCAGUAUACCUUCAAAGUGGGAACUCUCAAUAUCUCUGGACUGGCCGCCGGCCAGGAAGUUACGUGCCAUGUGGGGGCCGUCUGCGAUGCACACCUUCAGGGUUACAGGCUUCGUGAGGAUGUUACGAACGUGCGCGUGGUGUCGGGGGCCUGCGGAACCGGUGGGGAAGUCAGCGGGUUGCCGAAUGGAGGUGUCUUGGAGCCGCAGGAAGUCGACGCGAGCAGUGCGCACGUCACCUCGAAGCAGCCUUUCUUCGGAAUGGCCCCAGAGGCGGCUGCCAUCUGCCAGUGUCCUUUGCCGUCCUCGUCUUGCACGUCGCCGGCGGACUUUGCGUGGAACGCGGGGACAUUCACCUUCGAAGGACCUUCAGAACGGGUUGUUAGCUACGCAUUUUCGGGGAACGCAGUGAACGUUGAACUCGAAUGGCGAGGGGAGCAACAGGCCGCGUCAGACUUUUUCAUCCUCACUCAGGACACGAAGUGCACCGGCCAAACGAGUGGGCUUAUUGACGGCUUCAGGCAGAACGGUUUAGGACGCCUAAACAACGCACACGUAUCGUGGGAGACUUUCCCGUACAAAGGCGGCAUACAUUCCGUGUGCUACUGCCGGCGCUCAACUCCUUUGCAGAACGGGGCGUCAGAUCCGUUCAGGGCAGAGGGGGGAUCGACUGCACAGCACCUGUGCAGUACAGUGGCGGAAUACAGGGUGCCCGUGGCGGUCGUCCUCGUCACAGGCCCUGUAACAUCAAGCGCCGUUUUCGCCUGUUUCGUCGGCGCCGAAUGCCUCAUUGAUAUUUCAGUUGCUGGCCUCGAUUCGAGUGACAACCAGGAUUUCCUAAAGAGUGCAACAGUUUACGUUACUCAGGAAUCAUGUGAUGCGGAGGCUGCCAUGGAGGCCACGCUCUCGAAGGCGUACGGUGCCAGCGGUACUCUGGACGACGCAAGUGCAAACGUGCAGAUGAAGACAUUCAACCAAACAUUCCGGUUUACGACUGCGGUGAGUAUCGCCGCUGGAUACUACGUCGCUUGCUGGAAGCCUGCCUCUGCGUCGUCUGCCAUUCUUCUGGGCGACUUUGUCGUUAAGGGACCCUUGGUGGAAGAAGCUGCGUGGGAAUCGUCGAGUGGUCAGGACGUGGACGUGGGCCUCACAUAUGCGGGGCUGGAGGGUUCGAAGGAAGCGAGUGAGAUGCGCAUUCGCGUUUACCCGAUUCCGGCAGGAGAAGAAAAGGACACGUUCAACUGUGCGGCCCCGGAUCCGACUGAGUCCCGGCCGUAUUUGCGGUUCACGAACCUUGACAGGGCGCCGGAUGCUGUCGAGAGCGUCUCGAUGCAGUUCUCGCGAAUUGUGUGGAGGUCAGUGAGCAUCGUCAUCGACGACAAAACACCGGACCUGACCCCCGGCGCGUAUUUCGCCGUCUGCUUCUGCAACGGGAACCGAGGUGACUGCGCCGAGGCACGAAGCUACUUUUUUCAGCUGAACACGUGGGUCGUCGGCGGCCUAUCUCAGAGAACGGUGGAGGAGUCCGUACCGGUCGGAAGAACAGUCACGUUGACUCUGUCGGGUAAACGGCUGCCGCUGCGGAACCACCUGAUGAUGCUGUCGCAAACGGAUCCGACCACGUUAGCAGAACGUCACUGCGGCGACGAUGUCUCGCCGCAAGAUGUCCAGAUUGUUUCUGCAACGCGGCCCACCCACGUCACGGACUGGGUGGCCUUCAAAGACUUCACAGUCGCUUCGUCCACGCGGACGACGCUCCUGUGCUGGUGCGGCGGAGACGCCUGCGAGACGGGCAACAUGUUCCGGACGUUUGUCGGCAAGGUCUCGGUUGAGUAUCCGACGUUUGAAGCCACCACCGCAGUCAUUGGAGGGACGUUCAGCAUCACGUUGCGCGGCUCCAUGCUGCGCUCUCUCGACGCGAUCACAGUCGUUGAUCAGCACACCCAGUGCGGCGCAGAGGGUACCGACGCCAUGGACGCAUCCGUCGUCGAGGUCCCCGCUGGUUUGCCCUUCGCCGACCUCGCCACGCUGCGUACAGCUCGCGUCGUUCACGCCGACUCGGCAUCAAGUGGCUCUCUCACUGCCGCGUCUGACGCGACGUCGCUUUUUUGGCAAUCCUGGCCGAUCAAAACAAAGGCGUCCGUGUCGGGACAUCUCCGCGUGUGCUACUGCUCAAGCGAGGAGGGUGUGUGCUCGGGCGCAGGCCGCUUCAGCAUCUGGGUCGGCAGCGUUCAGGUGAGGGGGCCGUCGACCGGGGAUGUCGACGUUGUUCAGGUGGAAGGCCAACAAAAAAUAGAGGCGACCGGCGUCGGCUUGGCUCUCACCGACAAGUUGAAGAUCUUUCCGAGGUCCCUCGCGGUCGCCGAUUCAGUCAGUGACAACCGGGCGCUUUGCGAGUCGGGGGGACUUGAGUCCACGACGCUUACGGCGGACUACGUGAGUCCGGACGGGACAACCGAAACGUUCCCUGCAGACCUGCAGCCAGGGUACCGGUACGUUCUCUGCUGGUCCGCGGGUACCACUGCGCCUAGCGCGAAUGCUCGACUGAGGAGGCUAGCCCUCAAACGCACGAAGCCAAGUGCAAGCACUCCGUCGUCAACUGCGGCGGAGGGGGAGACGAGUCCGUCCACCUUACAGCUCGGUGCAGAGGAAGCGGCGGCGGCGCUGAACUUGCUAAAGCAAGCUGGCCGUGCCGAGUCAACAGCGGCGGCACGCGCCGCGGCAGCGGACAAUGGAGAGACAUCUACAGAAACUGGCUCCAAGUGGAAUUACCUAGACGCGUUCACGCCGAAAGGUUUCCGUUCUGGCCUGGACUUUCGGCUCGUUCAGAACUUCGACGAUGAAGUGCUGUAUAUACCGGGUUCCCCGGACCUGACGCACGCAUACGUUGCUUACUUGGGCCAGCAGGACUCUGCAGGAGACUGCGAAAGCAUAAAGCAAGACCCGCUGGCCACAUUCAAGACUAUGUUUCGACUACAAGAUGACAGCGUGAGCUUCAAAGUUGGAUCGAUGACCGUUGCCGGUCGGUACCCGGUUUGCCUUUGCGAUUCGACUGCAGACGAAUGCUACGACGUUGGAACAGCAAGCGUCGAGGAGUCGUACUGGAAGACCGUGGCUGAACUCGUCUACGACAACAGGUUUUUUAUGCUUCCGUGCGUAAGCCGGGGCGAGCCGGAGACGACUGAGGAUCAGACAGGUUGGAGUGAAGAUCGAGUGUGGCUACCCGAUGGGAUGGGCGUCUGGUCCUUUAUCUUGACAACGACAGGCUCGCAAUCGUUGCAUCCGAUGCCGGUCCUCAAGCGUACGCGUCCUACGGGUUCGAAAGCAGCGACGUGGGUGAACUUUUACGCGAAGGGUUUGAGGUCAACAGUUGCCUGUGCCACGGACAGGAAACAGCGCCUCUACUUCCUCGGUCCUGGGAGAGUGUAUAUGAUGGAGCCUGUGCCAGGGCUGUCGCCGAAUCUGUCGACUGCGACUGGCAAAACGUUCACGCAUUCGGUCUUGAAACCAGUCGACUUCUCAAUUCGAGAGCCGUACAUCUUUUUUUCAGACUACGAGAGCCAAGUGAUUACCACCAUCAACAUUGAAAACCCCGAGUUGACCCACGCCUUCUAUCCCACGGACCCGGUCAUGCUGUUCUCCGCGGGCGUAACAGUGCUGGACGUCGACCAAGACUACAUGGCGCUGUGUGUGGCAGACACCUUUAACCACAUUGUGGGCCGUCUGAACAUCAGUUUCGAGACUAUGAAGACACGCCAAACGGCGGUGAAAGCAGUGCCGUGGACCUCCUAUUUCGGAACACCCAAGACGGCGCAGCACGGCAUCAACGGAUUCUCCUACCCUUUCGCUCUCGCCAACUACAGCCCUCAGUCUGCAUCUGCAGGUGACCUUGCGUCCCUGCUCCUUGUCACAGAACUCGUGUCGGACCGUCUCGUCUUUUUGGAUCUCAAAAACAAUGGUUUAUCCUUCUACAAGCAGAUUUCGCUUAGUGAGCGGCACUUGAUCUCGGGAUUGCGCAGUAUCGACAAGACUGUGUUGCUUAUUUCGAGGGCCUGGCCACCUACGGCAACCUCUGGUGGCAUGGACGCCUACGUCGCGCUGCUCAAUCUGCAAGACGUCGGUGGAAAUCUGUACUUCACCUACCCCGAUUUCCGCUCCAAGCUCCAGUCCGGUCUGUUCUACUCGUUCGAGCCCCUCAUUACGGGGUCCACCAUUCAGUCGUUUAGGGAGGCUCCCGGCAGCGACCUGGCGACGAUGGGCUUGACGCUCGACUCGGCGACGGGAGUCAUCAAAGGGACCGUCUCCCACACAGGGUCAUUCAACAUCGCGGUAACAGGAGGCGACUUGCUUGAGACCUACACGUGGUCCAUCAGUGGAGAAGCUGGUUGCCGCUCUGGCGAAUACUUUGACAGCGUCAAGAACGCGUGCGAGCUCUGUCCUGUCGGCACCUUCCGUGACCAGGAAACGAGUCUUCAAAAUUGCCACGACAUCAAGCCGUACAGCACGACGCUUUCUCCAGGGUCAACCCAGCUUGCCCAGUGCCGCUGCCUCCCAGGGUUCGAAAUUGGGAAUCUGGGUGACUGCCAUCCGUGUACUUCCGGCACGUACAAGUCGUCGAUAUCCGAUACCAAAUGCACCGGCAGAUGUCCCGGGAACAUGCAUAGUUACAUUCAAGGAGCCGAGAGCGAGGAGGCCCUCCUCUGCUUGUGCGACGCGGGGUACUACGCGGACGAAUCUGGAUGCAAACCGUGUCAGCAAGGCAGCUACUGCACCGGAGAGUACGAUCCGCCUAAACCGUGCCCCGAAAACCACACCACAAAAGCCGGGGCGAGCAAGAGCAUCGGCGACUGCGUCUGCGUCGCGGGCUACACGAAGCAAGGAGACAAGUGCGUAGAGUGCGACAGACUUUCGUACAAAGGCACGACCGGAAAUGACGCCUGCACGGCGUGUCCCCAGCCAGCUGCGAAGGGUGAUCGAGGCGCGCUCAUUGCUUCCACAAAGCUGGAUGAGGCCCAAUUCACGAACAAGCCGGGAGCAAAAAAGGUCAGCGACUGCGUUCUGUGUGCGAGCGGGUUCUUCUACGACGUGACAAACGGUGGGUGUACACCCUGCCGAAAGAACUACUACUGCCCAGGGAAGAACACCGAGCCUCGUGGCUGCGUCGAGAAUGCCACCACGCUCCGGGAAGGUGCCGAAUCGACCUUUGACUGCAGGUGUCCCAAAGGACACGGCGGGUCCGUUGCGCGCAAUCCUCUGGACAAAGCCAUUGUGUGUGUCGGGUGUCCGAAGAACACGUUCCAGCAUUUGGACGGGAUUAUGACAGGCUGUCUUCCGUGCCCACCUUUCACCAUGACCAAGACGACAAAGUCCACGUCUUUCAGCGCAUGCGUCGCUCGCCCAGGCUUUUACCUUUCGAGCCGACUCGCGGACAUCAUGAGGGGCUUCGCUGGAGCCCGAGCGCUGGACGGCGUCGUGGGAGAGGAUUUGGACGAGGAAGAGGAGAGCAAGUCGAACGUUACCGUGAUGUCGGCCUCGAGUCCGACUCUCGAGAGCGUUCGACAAGCUGAAACGAAAUACGAAAACAUGAGCGAUGAGGAUUUACUGGAGGUGCCACGCGUCUGCCAACAUGGCACAGAGAUCGUCAAACUCUUGUUGCCGGAAAUAAAGAUGCAAAAGUAUACGAGUUCUUUCGAGCAGUGCAUCGUCGCUUGUGCGCGAAAUGUAUACUGCACAUCGCUGACGUACACGAACGGAGGCAGCGACGUGCCUGCUAUGACGGCAACCGUCACCAAUCACACCGGCACCUUCAUCAUCGCCUACUCGAUAUGCGAACUGCAUAUGUAUGGUCCCGACAUCGACGCCGUGACGGCCGCGAGCAUUACGGAUCGCUUCACCGGGACCACGGUCCCCGCUUCGAUGACGGUGUCAUGUGCACUGCGACGGCCUCAGUCCGACACAGUCUGGCGCGCGGUGACCUACGAAGAAUGUCCUGCAAAUGCGUAUUGCCCCGGCAGUGACGAAGCGCAAAUCUACCAAUGCCCGUCAUCGUCUGUGACUAUAGCCACCCGGGCGUCAACGGCAGAACACUGCAAGUGUAUUCCGGGCUACUAUUUGUCAGGGCGGCAAUGUGAACCUUGUAAAAUGGGGACGUAUAAGAACACCACAGACAACGCGGCUUGCACGGACUGUCCCGCGGGGUUCACCACAGGCAACAUGGCGAGCAUUAGCGCGUAUGACUGCGCGUGCAUUCCCGGCCUGUAUAUGAUUGCAAAUCCUGACACAGACACAAACGACGAGGCAUUGGCUCCGCCUUCAGAUGGAACGAAUUCAGCGGGAGGAGAACCUGGUGAAACGGAGCCUAAACCGGACGCGGAUGGCAGUGAGAGCGACACGGGAGGCGAGCCGGCCGCGGAGCAUCCGGGACGCGCAGAGCCAGUGCCGAACGCAUCUGCUGGCGAAGCGGCAGAUUCUGAAGCUGAGGGGGGUUCAGGAACGGAACCCGUGUCGGCGGUCCAGCUGCUGGGUGGACGGCUGGUACGGGGGGACCGCGGAGAGCUCCAGAAGGCGUUGAAGGCUUCCCAGGACUUUGCCUCGAUUCGAAGCGCGUUUCAGAGAGGUGACGCCAUCGGUGAAGAACAAGGUCUCUCGUUCUAUCAGACCUCGAAGGCCGCAUGGUUGGCGCCCGACAUCCGGCAUGAGCUGGAGAAAGUCGUUAGCCUCCACCAGUGCGUCAGUUGCUACAAGCACAUGUACUGCCCAGGUCUGUGGAUGGACCCGCCCAUGAAUCAAACUCACAUGCCGCCUCAACUGUGCCCGGAGGGCUCAGCAGUGCCGCUGUCCACGGCGCUGUCGGAUAGCGUAGAAAAAUGUCUCUGUUUGUCCGGGUACGCUAGCGUGGGGACAUCGGUUGGGGGCGCGGGAGACGCGAGCGUCGCCUUCGGCUGCGUGAAGUGCGCGUCUGGGACGUACAAGGAACUUCAAGAAAAUGCGCCGUGUGCGGGAAGGUGCAUGCGUGAUGCGGAGACCAUUGAAGGAGCGGUUGCGAAGGUCCAGUGUUUCUGCAAAAUCGGAAAGUACGCGAUCGUCGCGGAAGAUUCAGAGGCCAUCAUUACCUGCCAGGAUUGCAUUCCCGGCGGCGUCUGCCCGGGUGGGUUGAAGACACUCGCGCGGCAGGCCGUUGAGGAGGAUCACAAUUUUGUACAAAUUACAAUUUAUGAUCACCAGGUGCCGUUCCCUAGCAAUGGCUUCUACGCUGUGUAUAAACCACUUAAUCAGACCGUGUGGGACCCUAGUAUGGUGCCGAUGGUCCCGAGCUUCACUGGCGAUACCUUUGAGGAAUUCACCAGUGGGGUCAGUGAGUCUGCUUCAGAGAACGACUCUGAGACGGCAGGAGGGUUGGACCUUGUGGACGAGUCGACGGAAGGGUCCGACGAGACGAGUGGCGUCGUCUCGCCAGAGAGUGCAGGUGGCCAAGGUGGCGAGUUGUCGGAGAUAUCAGGAGCUGUGAGCACGUUGCAAGUGCGGACACGGGAAAAUACCGAAGCUGUCCAUCGCUACGACCGCAUUCCAGAUAUCCAUCCGUGCGUCGACGAUGUGCGCUGUCGGGGCGGCUCCCAUAACUCGUGCGUCGAAGGCUCAGCCGGAUACCUGUGCAGCGCGUGCGAAGACGGCUACUCCCAGAUUCGAUAUAAGAGCGGGUGCUAUGCUUGUUUGGCACUGUGGUUGGAUAGCUUGCUGUUCAUUCUUAUGCGGCUGGUAGUCUGCGCCAUCAUUUGGGUGAUUACGGCGCUCUCAAACAUCGCCGUCCAGCAACAGGCGUGCAUUCAUCCGGUCCUUAUUCGCAUUGCGAUGUCUCAUAUGUUCUUCUUGAGUGUCUACGGUCUCAUGCCUGCGACAAGCCAGUCAGAGCUCUCGAGUUGGGCGAGUAUUUAUCGGGUCUUUUUCUUUGACUUCUACUUCUCGACGCACCCGUACUCCAAAGUGUCGUGCUUCUUCCGUCACUUGGGAAUUGUCUUGUCCGACACCCACCAGUGGUAUUGGCAGCGCUUUUUCCAGAUCUUUGUCCCCUUCUUCGACGCCGUCUUCCUGACCGUUCUCGGCGCACUCUGUGUCGCGGCGUACAAGGUCGUCUACUCCGGGUACAUCGCGCGAGUCCGUGUGGUGCUGCAGGAGGCGCGGGAGGCCCAUGGGGACGACAUCUGGACCGAGCGAACAAUUCGGAAGAUCGAAUCGGAACGGUGCUUGGGCAUGUUUCGGUAUAUUUCCACCACCAGUUCACCGUUCGAAAGUUUUGUGAGGCUCCUUACCGACCUUGUUCCCGCCUACACGGCCCUCUGGCUGUGGCAUUUUCCAAGCUUUGUCGUCGAAUGCACCAUGCUCAUGGGGUGCGUAGAGACACGGUACAAGAUGGAGGAUCCCAUCAAAGUCCUCGCCGCCUUUCCGGUCCAGGUCUGCAGUUUGGAGGAUCCUUACUUCCUUGCCGGACUCAGCUUGGGAGGCGUAGGGCUGCUGGUGUGGGGCGUCGGAAGCAUUGCUGGAUUCGUCGCCUACAUGUCCCGAGACCACAGCUCGGAUACAAUCGAUCAAAGGUUCAAGCAUGGCUUUUUGGUGAACGGGUACCAGUACGAAUACCGCUGGUGGGAGGGUCUCAUCGGUCUGCGCAAAACGUGCGUCGCACUCAUUAUGACAAUGUAUGUCCACACCAACAGCUCUGGGGCGCAGGAGAUCUUCCGCAACUCAGCCAACCUCGCUCUCACCGUGCUUUCCACGGCGCUUCAACUGCAGCUGGAACCGUUCGACAAGCGGAGUCACAACAUGGCGAAUCGCAUGGAGUUCUACGGGCUGAUGGUGAACAUCGUCAUCGGCAUCAUCAUCCAGGGAAGCUACUACUUUGACGCCUUUAAGUACAUGGGGGGUGCCCCUCUGGCGGUGGCGACCUUCUACUAUCUAUACGUCUUGUGGAGCCUCUUUGUCGAGUGGGGAAGAAUGGUCAUGAUGCGGCCGUACCUCGUCUCCAUCCCGUCUUUCUGGCGGUAUUACAACCGCGUCACGCGGUCGCUGGCGCGCCUGUACACUUCCGGCAACGCAAAGAUCUACUACAACUACAUCACGAAGGACAUGGUGCUGGAGGCCGCAACCAAGUCGCGCGUCUUCCAUCUGCGCCGGCUGCUCUUGAGGCGGAAGAAGACGUCGUACCGCAAGAUCAACUACGAAAAUCGGACGUACUUCGUGGCCGCCCUGAGCGAUUCGCUCUCGCAGCUCGUCAUCGCGUGGUGCCAAUUCACGAUCCCGGGAGACUGGCUGGAUUUCACGAUCCGGUACGCCUUCUGCUACUGCUUCUGGCAGCGGUACCAAGACACCAGGAGCUUGCGGGUGCCGCUGGAUCUCGAAGAGUUCGAGGCGGUGAAGCCGACGCUCUUUUCAGAUUGGUACUAUGACAGCGAGAAGCACGAUCAGCAGGGGGACGGCGAGUUAGACUUCGGCAUGGAGUUUCUGGAUGGCGCCGAUAUCACUUUCAACACAGCCGAGCAGGACUUCCUCGAUCUCAUGCUGGACGACGACGUGUACGACGAUAGCCCCAUCACGCUUAUGGAGCUCUACGUGGCCGUCCAGUCCAUGCAGCACGUGCCGCAGAGACAGCUGCGGCGUCUCCACAUGGCGUACCGUGAGCGGAUGACCCAGGCAGCCGAUUCUACGGCGCCGCAACUGCGCAAGGAGAACCACGCGCUUGAGGGCGAACUGGAGGAAUUGAACCGAGCGCUUCAGGAGAUGGCCGGCGCCGACGACAAGAUUCCCGACCUCACGUUCUCUCCCCUCGACUUCUUCUUCACCGUGGAAAUGGUGAACCAGGCGCAGCACGAAAUCGAGCGGCUGAGAGGCUUGAUUGAGUCGGAGAUCGACGACAUCGCCAGGGCCCGCGCGGCACAAGCAGUGGCAGUUCAUCUGGAGCUGAGCCUGAACGAGAACGCAGACGUCGACGAGCUCCUGGAGACGAUGGCGUUCGAAGAACAGACGGCCAAGGAAGAAGCGGCAGCUCGUAUCGCGUACGUUGACGAGUCGAAGAAACGGAUCCAGAAGAAGAAGGCUGCGCUGGCCGGGAGACGACCGCACCUGGCCCUGGCUGCCAAGCGCCCGCCUCUGAACCUCGAGGACAAACGCCGCCUCAGGCUGGGGCCCGCAGCCGAGGCCGGCCCCGCCGCGCAGAGGAAAAUCGGCCUCGUGGUCCCCGGUGCGGCCCCGGUUGCCGCGAAGAGACGAAUCAGCAGGCACACAGUGGAUAUGCACCGAACGCUUCAGGGCGUUGCCGAAGGAGCGGCGCCGGUGGGGGUCUUGCGCCCCGACCGGCAGGUGCCUCGCGGCGCAUCUGGAGACCAGUUGGAAGGGACGAGACGGACGAUACGCCUUGGCCCGGGUCCGAGUACAGACAGCCCUUACGGGAACAAGCGAACCCUUCGUCGUGACAUGACAGGGUCUUCAUCCGACGUUGGUGGGGAACCGGCGACGGAGCCGAAACGCGUUGCUCGGACCGUUUCGCCUCUCCGGUCCAGGGAUGCCUCGGUGGGAGAAUCUGCGGAGGGCGACGCUGAAAAGGCAGAGCCGCCGACGAGCUCUUCUGGAGCCGUGGGAACUGUUCGCUCCGUACUCAGACCUGAGCCGCCUGGACCCACAGAAAGCCCCUUACGUCGAGACUCGGAACUGUCGGCGUCGCCGUCUCCUUCCUCCUCACCAAGUCCUGAACCUCGCGAAAAACAGGGUCCGGAGUUAGCGGGCCGUCGGCGUCUCGGUCCACUUGGAGGAUCGCGCCCGCCGCCUCAGGACGCAGAAGCCCCGCCACCAGCUGCCUCAAGCUCGCCGCUGGCCGCUCAGCCGAAAGGACAAGGCCUCCCUUUGGGGAAGAGACAGCUGAAGAGGCCGGGAAAUGCGAAACAGGAUUAA